AUGGACUUGGAAGAGUUUCCACCCGGAUCGGAGCUCGUCGUGAGCGCCAUGCAAAAGUAUUUACAGAAACUAAACAAACUGAACGCUUUGAACGAAUGCGUACACAAAUUGAAUCCAGAAAAGCUGGAGGAAACGGCGAAGAAAUAUUCGCGAUCGAAAAAGGAUAAGAACGCGCCGGAGUGGAGGCCGUACGCGACGCCGUAUUUACUUCGCGAACACUGGAGGUAUCAAGUUUGUCAAAAGUUGAAUAUCGAUAAGAAAGAUUUACCGGAGGAGGUUACGGAGGCGUUGAGAGCGUAUUUGUUUCCGAGCGCGUUGGAUACGCAAAGAGCGAACCAUCGAGCGUGGCUAGUGAAAGUGCCAAACUUUGUCGAUCGCGCGUGGAAAAGUUUCAGCGAUAGAAGGAGUAAAGCAGACAACGAGAACGAUGAAGAUGGGAUGGAUAUUGAUGCGGAAUUGAACGAUAACGACGAGCUCGGGAAAGUAAGAGUGGUGAUCGAUCCUUUCGACAAAGAAAACAAAGAAGCGUUUGCGGUGACGCUAAAUGCAGCCGUCAACGAAGACGAAGAGCACGAAAUACCAGUAAAAUAUAUCAUGACGGAGAAUAUAGAAGCGCCAGAAAUUCACGUGUUUUCGGAGACUCGCGAAGGUACCGCGGCGGCGACGUCGGCGAUGGACGUCAACGAGUUCAUCGUCGAAGCGAAAGUUCAUAAAAAAUUAGACAUGCGACCAAAAGAUGCCUCCGAUGCAGCCUACGCUCGGGUUUCGAAAAAUAGAUUAGAAAAAGCGCAAUCUAAAUCGAGGUUUGUUCAAUCCGUCGUCGGAGCGGACGCGGCGAGAAUAGCUCCGUUGCCGAAACGUUCAAAUUUAGUUCGAUUAGCCGACGGCGGCGUGACGAAACCAAAAGCAGAAAAAAUGGAAAAAGCACAAUUGACGGACAAAUUGUUUGGUCUAUUCGAGAGGCGAACUUUCUGGAGCUUAAAACAGUUAUUAGAAGAAACUAAGCAACCGGCCAUGCACUUGAGAGAGACCGUGCAGGAGAUUGCGAAUUUAGCCAGGCGAGGUCCAAACAACGGCAUGUACUCUUUGAAAGACAUAUACAGACAGCAAAACAAACCCGCCGAGACUUAG